AUGGGGCUUGCGAGAAUCUGGGCAACCAUUCUCAUGACGCCUUGUGCAUAUUUCUGGGGAAGGAAAUGGAAUUUACUGGACUUGGUCACAGCUGCGAUGUUCGUGUCGAUCCAUAUCCUUUGUUUAUUUGCGCCCUUUUAUCUCAGCUGGACUGGGUUUUUCCUCGCUCUGGUUCUCGGUAAUACCACAGCAAUGGCAGUAACUCUGUCUUACCACAGAAACCUUGCGCACAGGAGUUUCAGGCUUCCCAAGUUUCUUGAGUACUUCUUUGCCUAUAUCGCCGUCCUUUCGGGUCAUGGUAGCCCGAUUGAGUGGGUGAGUACACACCGCCACCACCAUCAGUAUACGGAUACAGAGAAAGAUGCUCACAGCCCUCUGAAGGGUUUCUGGUUUAGCCAUAUGGGAUGGAUUCUUGAUAGCAAUAGGCGUUUUGGAAGAUAUGGAGGACUAAGGAAUGUUGACGAUUUGAAAAGGCAGUCAUUCUAUAAGUUUCUUCAUCAUACGUUUCUUCUACACUCGUUUAUUCUGGGUGUAAUUCUAUAUGCCGUUGGUGGGUUUCCCUUCAUCGUUUGGGGAAUGGGAGUGAGGAUGGUCGCUGUUUACCACGGCAGUUUAGCAGUGAAUUCGGCUGGUCACACAUGGGGGUAUCAAGCUUGGAAUACCGGCGAUCUAUCUAAGAACCUCUGGUGGUUGGGAGUGCUUGCAGAUGGAGAAGGAUGGCACAACAAUCACCACGCUUUCGAAUACUCGGCUCGGCUAGGCCUUGAAUGGUGGCAGAUUGAUACAACUUGGUACUUCAUAAAAUUUCUUGAAGUUCUAGGGUUAGCAACUGAGGUAAAACAACCAUCUGAAGCUCAAAAGAAACGCAAAGCCUUAGAGGCGAAAACCACCAUAGCCUCUCAUGAAAUAAGCUAUGGAGAUUAA